AUGGCCACGGCGCCGCACCUCGCCUUCCACCUCCCAUUCCCCUUCCCUUCCACCUCCCGCCCGCCGCCCAGAACCCUAGCCCCGCCGCCCGCGCGCCGGGCCCCUCUGCGCCUCGCUGCGGGCCGCCGCUUCCGCCCGCCCACCGCCGACGACGAGCCCCCCGAGGCCGCGGAGGACUCGUCCCACGGCCUCAACAGGUACGACCAGCUCGCGCGCCACGUCGAGAGAGCCCGGAAGCGGCAGCAGGCCGACCAGCCGGAGGUCACCGCCGACCACCCGCUCUUCUCCUCCUCCCCUCCCUCCGCCGGGAGCUACGACCCCGACGACGAGUUCUUCGACGAGAUCGACCGCGCCAUCGCGGAGAAGCGGGAGGAGUUCACGCGCCGCGGCCUCAUCAAGCCCACCCCGCCCCCGCCGCCCGAGCUGGACGGCCCCGCCGACGACCUCUCCCCCGAGGAGGCCAUCGACCUCGACGAGAUCCGCAGGCUGCAGGGCCUCAGCGUAGCGACUUCCGCGGCGGACGAAGAGGUGGACGGGGGCGAGCUGCUGCUCGACGACGACGGCUUGCUGCUCCACGACGAUGACGAAGCCUUCGACGUGGCGGACGAGCUCGGCCUAGAGGGGCCGAGGUUGCGGCACCCGGCAUUCCGCAUGACGCUGGCCGAGCUCCUCGACGAGAGCAAGCUGGUCCCGCUAGCGGUGACGGGCGACCAGGACGUCGCGCUCGCGGGGGUGCAGAGCGACGCCCGCCUCGUGUCGGCCGGGGACCUCUUCGUGUGCGUCGGAGACGACGGGCUCGCCGGGCUUACCGAGGCUGACAAGCGCGGCGCCGUCGCCGUGGUGGCCGACCAGGACGUGGACAUCGAGGGCACCCUGGCCUGUCGCGCGCUGGUCAUUGUCGACGACAUCACUGCCGCUCUCCGCGUGCUCCCGGCCUGCCUCUACAGGCGGCCCUCGAAGGACAUGGCUGUCAUUGGGGUCACCGGGACAGACGGCGUCACCACCACCACCCACCUCGUCAAAGCAAUGUACGAAGCAAUGGGUAUAAGGACUGGCAUGGUAGGUGUUCUCGGUGCCUAUGCCUUCGGCAGCAACAAGCUUGAUUCACAACCUGGUGCAUCAGGAGAUCCAAUGGCCGUGCAGAAGCUGAUGGCAACGAUGGUGCACAAUGGCGCUGAAGCUGUUGUGUUGGAGACGACCACUGAUGGGAUGCUGCCGUCAGGCGUGGACAGUGAGAUAGAUUACGAUAUCGCCGUGCUGACCAAUGUUAGGCAUGCCAAUUUGGAGGCUGGGAUGACAUACGAGGAGUACAUGAGCAACAUGGCCACUCUUUUUGCCAGAAUGGUGGACCCUGAGCGCCAUCGUAAGGUGGUAAACAUCGAUGAUCCAAGCGCACCAUUCUUUGCCGCCCAGGGAGGGCACGGUGUCCCUGUGGUGACGUAUUCGUUUGAGAACAAGAAGGCUGACGUGCACACUCUCAAGUACCAGCUUUCCCUGUUUGAGACUGAGGUUCUUGUGCAGACGCCGCACGGAAUCCUUGAAAUCUCCUCUGGGCUGCUAGGGAGGGACAACAUCUAUAACAUCCUUGCAACUGUGGCAGUUGGUGUUGCAGUGGGUGCGCCAUUGGAGGACAUUGUGAAGGGUAUCGAAGAGGUGGAUGCAAUCCCAGGUCGGUGUGAGCUAAUUGACGAGGAGCAAGCCUUUGGGGUGAUCAUCGACCAUGCGAGGACACCAGAAGCUCUGUCAAGGCUUCUUGACUGUGUAAAGGAACUAGGUCCACGCCGUAUUGUCACAGUUGUUGGAUGUUGCGGUGAGAAAGAAAGAGGGAAGAGGCCGAUGAUGACAAAGAUCGCCGCUGAGAAAAGUGAUGUUGUUAUGUUGACAUCCGACAAUCCAGCAAGUGAAGACCCUUUGGAUAUCCUAGACGAUAUGUUGUCUGGCGUAGGAUGGACCAUGGAAGAAUACUUGAAGUAUGGUGCAAAUGAUUAUUACCCGCCCCUACCAAAUGGUCACCGUCUCUUCUUACACGAUAUUAGAAGAGUUGCAGUGCGAGCUGCUGUUGCAAUGGGCGAGCAAGGCGAUGUUGUUGUUGUCACUGGAAAAGGAAAUGAUACUUAUGAGUUGGAAGGCGAUAAGAAGGAGUUUUUUGAUGACAGGGAGGAGUGCCGCGAAGCACUGCAAUACGUUGAUCAAUUGCAUCGAUCUGGAAUAGACACCUCAGAGUUUCCAUGGCGGUUACCAGAAAGCCACUGAUUGUGAUGUACCCAAGAUGUCUGAGCUUCUUUUCCCAGUUAUGAAGCGGCAAUGCAUUCCCAAUUUUGCUAGCAUGAGCUUCUCAAAGAUAGGCUAGCCGAUCGAGCCAGGCAAGAAAUCUGACCCAGCUUGUGCUCAAGGUUCUGACCUUGGUUGCUAACUGCUAACGAAUAAUUAGCUUAUGAUUAUCUUUGAUGAUUACUGGAAAGUAGAUAAAUAGAUGGCCUUGAAAUUUUGUCUGUGAUUAUCAGUGAUGCAGAUUUUUUCCCGGGUGAAAAUCUACAAGCAAAUAGAAGACAUGAGACAUUUAUAAGUGUAGGUUUUUCUGAAUUCUUCUGACAAUAACAGUUGCCCCCUAAUUAACUGUUGAUCCAGCGCCCACUGGAGCUAUUUCGCCUCUUUAACGUACUCUACAUUUAACAUGAAACCAGUCUUCCGAAGAGAGGCGAAAUGGCUCCUGAGAUGAA